AAAAACAAUUUAUUUAAUUGAAAAAUUUAAGAUCGAUUUUCAGUAUUUAAUAUUAAAAAAUUAAUAGCAAACGACGUGGCAAACAAACGACUACAUAACACAAAGUGACAAUUGAAAAGUUGCCGAAACAGAAGAGCUGUGAAUUUUUAAUAAUGUGAGUGGACAGAAUGAAAUGAAUUAAACGCUGUAUCAUAAAAGAAAUCCAUACAGAAAGAAUAUAAAAAUAUUAACUAGUGUAAACAUAAGUUUAAAAAAAUCGAUAUUUGUAAAAGUCAGUAAUAAAAGUCAUCGCUACAGUCAGACACAUAUAGCAAAGGGCAUCUCUACUUAUCUCUUCGGUUAUAUGAAUGAGCGCGACGCCCGGCCGGCACGGCGUUUUUCCAAAGCAAAUGUGAGAUACACGUGGUGUGGCGUGGUGAUGUUCACGUCCAUGUGUCUGUCGUAUGUGCGGUAACGAUCGAUGCCACGUAGUUUCUUUAAUUCAUAGAUAAGCCAAAGGAUGCUGACAUGCAGUCGAGAAAUUAUCUUCAGUUGACGUUGGCGAUACUCAAGCCACACGUCGUCAAGUCUCCGUUCGUUCUUCAGAAAAUUCGCGAUUUAAUAAUCGACAAUAAUUUCAAAGUUGUCAGAUCGCGCAGGACGAUGAUAUCUCGCGAGGAGGCCGAACUGUUUUACAAGGAGCACAGAGACAAGUUUUUUUACAACCGUCUCUUAACUUUCAUGUGCAGCGGUCCGUCCGACAUUCACAUUCUGGCACAUCAUGACGCUAUCGCCAAGUGGCGACAGCUGAUGGGCCCCACCAAGGUCUAUCAGGCGCAAUAUAAUGCACAGGAUAGUAUCAGAGGAAUGUUUGGCCUGUCAGAUACUAGAAAUGCGACUCACGGAUCUGAUUCAGCAGAAUCCGCAGAAAGAGAAAUUAGUAUAUUCUUUAAAGACUUUAAUAUAAAGAAGUGGCGUGACAACGAGGAAAUAUUUUAUAAUUUGGGAAGACUGCACUUUGAUCCAUCAUCUUUUGUGCACACUAUUGACAAGACUUAUAUGCAAAAUGAACAAGUUAUGAAAUAAUCAUGUAUAAUGUUAAUUUAUUAAGUAAAAUAUUUAUUAUAUCGUUAAAAA